AUGGAAAGGAACAAUUGGACAGAGAUUGAGUUCAUUCUUCAGGGACUUUCUGAGUACCCGAGAGUGGAAAAACUCCUUUUUGCAAUGUGCUUGGUGAUGUACGUGGCAAUCCUUCUUGGGAACAGUACCUUGAUCCUCUUAACUCUGCUGGAUUUUCGCCUCCACACACCCAUGUACUUCUUCCUUGGUAAUCUUUCCUUCCUGGACAUUUGGUACACAUCCUCCUUUAUUCCUACAAUGCUGAUACACUUCCUAUCACAGAAAAAAACUAUCUCUUUCCUUAGAUGUGUCGUUCAAAUGUCUGUCUCUUACACUAUGGGUUCCACAGAAUGUGUGCUCUUAGCAGUGAUGGCCUAUGAUCGAUAUGUGGCAAUCUGCAACCCCCUGAGAUACUCUAUCAUCAUGAACAAGGCACUCUGUGUUCAAAUGGCAGCUCUCUCCUGGGGGCUAGGAUUUCUCAACUCAUUGACAGAAACUGUCCUUGCAAUUCGGUUGCCCUUCUGUGGAAAAAAUGUUAUCAAUCAUUUUGUUUGUGAAAUAUUGGCCUUUGUCAAGCUGGCUUGCACAGAUAUUUCUUUGAAUGAGGUUAUUAUAAUGUUGGGCAAUGUAAUAUUUUUGUUUUCUCCAUUGCUGCUGAUUUGUAUCUCUUACAUUUUCAUCCUUUAUACUGUACUAAGAAUCAGUUCAGCUGAAGGAAGAAAAAAAGCCUUUUCUACCUGCUCAGCCCAUAUGACAGUGGUGAUUGUGUUUUAUGGGACAAUUCUCUUCAUGUAUAUGAAGCCAAAAUCCAAAGACUCUGCUUUUGACAAGCUGAUUGCCUUGUUCUAUGGCAUAAUCACCCCCAUGCUCAAUCCUAUCAUCUAUAGCCUGAGGAAUACAGAGGUGCAUGGAGCUGUGAAAAAAUUGAUGAGUAGAAAGUGGCUUGGAAUAAAAUGA